GCGCACUGCGGAUGGGCGGAGCACUCGGCACUCUCAGCUAUGCCUUCGCGGACGUAAACUACGGAUGAACAGAUACUCGACAACAAGAAUGGGACGUGGUGCUGUUGGAUUUGUCGCCACUCACCUACACCUGUUGUUUUACAGCGUUCUAACCCGGGGCGAGUAGCUUUUCCCCGGUGAGGCCAACGACUAGCUCGGCGGCGCCGGCAGCGGGCGGGAGGGCUGACUAGCAUCGGAGCUAGGCUAGGCUAGGCUAAACAGUUGCUUUUCGGUUGCGAGUGAUUACGCGGAGCUCCUCGCCAGCAGCCCCCGCCGGAGAAAAUGGUGUACCUGUUGAACCCUCUGGAGAACCUCAGAAGCUCCAUCAACAACCGCCCGCCACUGGUCAUCUUUAUGAUCAGUGUCAGCGCCGUGGCCAUUGCAUUCCUCACCAUCGGCUACUUCUUCAAGAUCAAGGAGAUCAAGUCUCCAGAGUUGACCGAGGACUGGAACACGUUCCUACUGCGCUACAAUGAGGUAGACUUCUGCGUGUCGGAGAAUGAGACCAUCAAGCACGGUCUCAACGAGUCCACCACGCCCGAGAGCCUGGCGGCGACCAGCGGGCAGGCACGGCCCAGCACGCCGUCAACGCUGCUCUCCGAGGACUCGGGCUACAUCAACAUCUCGGUGCCCAUCACGCUCACCCUCAACCCACAGCGGCCCUUCGGCGGCUACUCGCGUAACAUCACCCACCUGUACGCUACCGUCCUGGGACAGCAGGUUGGCCUAUCUGGCCGUGAAUCGCACGAAGAGAUCAAUAUCACGUUCACGCUGCCCGUGUCCUGGAACGCAGAUGACUGCCUUCUGCACGGGCACUGCGAGCAGGUGGUGUUCAGCACCUGCAUGACCAUCACGGCAGUCAGCAACAUCUUUCCAGUCACAGUGACUCCGCCACACUGCACGCCGGAGACGUACACCAAUGCCACGUCUUGGUACAAGGUGUUCACCACCGUGCGGGACUCGGACACCAAGUACAGCCAGGAAUACAACCCCUUCUGGUGCUACAAGGGCGCCGUGGGCAAGGUGUACCACGCCGUCAACCCCAAGCUCACCGUCAUCGUGCCCGACGAUGACCGCUCCCUCAUCAACCUGCACCUGAUGCACACCAGCUACUUUCUGUUCGUCAUGGUCAUCACCAUGUUCUGCUACGCCGUCAUCAAGGGCAGACCAGUAAAACUACGGCAAAGUAACCCCGAUUUCUUUCCCGAGAAGGUGGCGCUGUCAGAAGGCUAAACGUGUACCACGGGAUCCGGAAAGGUAAAAUAACAAAACCUUUAAAAAAAAAUGUAAAAAGGAAUAAAACACACAGAGACGACUCACCGUGUUGCCAGGCGGACUCUCGAGAAUGAUUUUGAAUUUCUCCUCGCAAUGAUGUUGGGAUGGUCCAACCAAAGAUACAAGUGCCUCUCAUCUGUGCUGUAAAUAUGACGUUGAGGAACCUCUUUCCUUCUCUCUUUUUUUGGAGUGGAUUACUUUUGAUUUGCCUCUUGGGUCCUCGGAUGCCAUAUCAGGACAUUUAAGUCAAAUGAGAACGUGCCAUGUUUGUCUGAAUCACGCACUUGAGAAAGCUACAAAGGCAAAAAAAAAAAAA